UUUUUUUUUCUAAAUUUUUAAAUUUUUUACUAUAAUUAAAUAAUUGUUUGAUUCUUGUGAUUUUAUUUCGACAGGUUGUGAACGUUUGUUUUUUGAUUUAUAUGGGUGGUAUUUAAGAGGUGAUGAACUUCAUUGCUACUGCUCUGGUUGUAAUUGUGUUAACUGUUCAAUUAAGACUGCCUGAAUUAUGUUUUUUUGUUCACAAAGUUUUAUGAUCAAAAUGAUUCGUUUGGUUUUCGUCUUUGCAUUUUUUACUCAGAUUGUUGCAAUACCAACCAUCUCUUCUGUUAAGUUUGUUAAAUUUUUCGAACAAAUUGAGAUUGUGUUUGAAGAAAACAUUGAUUUUUAUGAAAUUGAUAAUAAAUGUGAUGUGAAGGACUAUUUUGACACUCUUAGCCACGCCCAAAUAGGUGGCGAAUCAGCGGAAUGUAUUAUAUCAACCGCUAACACCAUUUAUAUUAUUCCUGGUGUCAAUGCUAAGCUGAGAAAAAAUGAUAUUCUUCGUUUUGUUGAAAACAAAACAAUGCAGUUAACUUCAUCACUCGAUGAACCAUCACCACAAUUGAAAAUCAACGGACCAAAUAGUCACUGCUUGUGUCCUGGUGAGGAAAUAUACCUUGAUAUAGAUAUGUCAACCGGUCUUGGAUAUGGUUUGCUGCAAAAUAUAACGUGGCGUAUUGAGUCGACUAUUGCUCCAACAACAUCACCUACAGAAGCUGCUAUUGCAAGCACUACUAACGCUGCCACUUCCAUCCAUUCCACUUCUAACGUUACAACACCUGGUACAGUAACUAUUGUUGCAGCAAGUUUAAUGCCUUCUCCGCCUUCCACCUCAUUUUCUUCUUCUCAAGUAACUUCAAGUGUUGCUCAGCAGGAAGCGAAAAAUUCAGCUGCUCCUUCACAAUCGACAACCAGCAUAGUGAAUCCUGUUACAACUCCAGCCCCGACUGAGGCGGAACUUCAAACUGAAUUAGACAACCAAAAAGGGAAAACUGAAAUAACGUUAAGUUUAGGCAAAUUGCGAUCAGAUCGACAAUACACGGUAAAAGUGACAGGAAUUAAUGUAUUUGGAAAAAUCGCUACAGCUUCCAAAACAUUCCAAUUCAAUUCAAAGUGUAGUCCACACGUUACUAUCGCGCAAGGAUCCAACCUUGUGCAAGAUGAGCCAGUGACAUUCCUUGCUUCAGUGAAUUAUCCCAAAUGCUACAACAUGACCGGCGUGCCUAUAUUUAAAUGGGAAGUAACGCUAAACGAUGUACCUGUGAAUCUCAAUUCUGCUGUCACAAAUCGAAACAUCUUCGUUGCACGUGAAAACACCUUUGAAGAGCAUAAGGAUUACAAAGUUUCAGUUACCGUGACAACUCGAAGUAUGACAAAUGAAGAAUCUGUUUCGAGCAAUCAUCAAAUGUUUGAGGUGCAUGCACACCAUGUUGAGAUAGGUAUUGAGGGGGGUGAUAGAGAAAUCAGUCUCAACGAUAUUCUCCAUAUAGAAACGUUCCCAAAAGAAGGUAUUGACGAAGAUGCUACCUUUACAUGGUCAUGCAUGGAUGAUUCUGGCAAUCCCUGCAAAAAGGGAGAUGAAAAUUUAGUUCUUCCUUCACAGAAAGAUUUAUCACUGAAAAUGUUGGAAGGAAGUUUUGUGCUGGGAACAGUGUACACGUUCAAACUAACUUUCACUGACGAAGGAGAAGUUAUAGAAGAUCAAGUUCUUGUGAAGAUCAUAUCGGACGUAGAUAUACAACUCGUCGUGGCCGUACAACAGCAUGAACUUACUGUUGUUGAGCCGAUCGUCUUUACUGCAAAGAUUUCGGGGAAUUUGAAAACAUUUACGUACGAGUGGCGGUGCUAUAACUCAUUCGAUCCAAGACAAGCUAACAUCAAGCAUGUCCCACCUGGUAAAACAGUAACAGUGACGAAUGAUGAAAAAACACAUCAAAUCCGUUCAUUUGAUAUGCACUACACGGGCAAAAUUGGUCCGGGCUAUCAUUUAACGUGUAAGUGCGAGGUGGAGAUGAAUGGGAAAUCAAUAAAAGCCAGUGAUAAAAUCCGUAUGUUUUUUCCCAUUCAAAAUGCAGAAUUGAGCGUGUCACCAACCUUCGGUUCGCCUUCUGAGACCAUCUUCAGAUUUCGUACCUAUCAUUGGACAGCAUUUGAGUCUAACCAACCAUUAUUGUUCCGAUUUGGUUACACUAAAAAAGAUGGAGAUGUGUUUCUCACUGGUUGGAGCACAAAGAACAGCGUAGGUGGAGUGCGUCUUCCUGGUACGCCUGAAGAAGCAAAGACGGUCUUCGUGGAGAUGAUUAAUGCCGAGCACAUGAUUACAAGAGUCGAGAAUAGCAUCGAAUUAAAAGCCUUAAAAAUGUCGAAGGCUGUUCUUGAAGCGGAACUGAUUAAUCGAACCCACAAAUUUGUCAACAGGGAUCAAUUCAAAGCAUCAAUGUACCUGGAUAAUUAUGUCACUACUAACGGCUUAGCUAACUUACCAAUGGAGAACCUCACAGACGCAGACAUGCAAACCCAUUUUAUACAGUACAUCAGUUUAUUUAUGAAGACGCCAGCAACAUUCGCCACGACGGAAAAUGUAGUUCACUUAACGGAAACUUUUAUGAACAAAUCAAAGGGAAAAGUUUUUGAAGGUGUUUUUAAUAAGACUAUCGAGUUGAUUCACUUUUUGACCGACGACAAUUUCCCUCUGGUUGAGAAAAAGGCGUCAAUACACAAAGUUAAAGGCCUUCUCGUGACAAUCAACAGUUUCUUGGAGCAACCUGCAUACCGCGACAGAAUUAAACCACUAAAAGAUGCCCUGCUAAAAAAGUUUAGCCAGUAUAUAUGUAGUGCUAUUGACGUGCCAAGCAUAUUGAAUGAUUUCUUUGAGACCAAAAACAAGUUUUUAAAUCUAAAAGUCAAAGAGGAGAAGUUUCUAUCAGAUGUAUCAUCAACUGUGCUGACUUUGAGCAAUAAUUUCACUGAUACAUAUACCUCGUGGGCUUGUUCAAGUACGAAUUCAAAAUGCAAUGGUUUGUGUAUAAGCGAAGUCUGGUAUGAGCGUGCAAUGUUCGACUCUUACAGUAACUUUUCGAAAGAAUGGCAGCUAGUAACAGAUGUGUAUCACGUGAGACUGUACAAGCCAAACCCUCCUCACGUGGAGAUUGACACAACUCAAACAAGUGAAAAUUAUGACAUCAUUUUACCUGCUACUGAUGCCGAUCUUACUUUCGAUGACACUAUACAGUGUCAAAUUCUGGAUCCUGAAACGGGUGGCUAUGACAACAUGACAUGCGACAGCACAAAGCUUGUAUUAAAUAAAAAUGGCGACAAAGAGAUACAUUGUAACUGUCAGAAGUUGGGAAAGGUCGCAGCGUUUAAACAUGUCAUUGAAAUUAUAACUACGACGGAGCUACCCUAUAAAGGAGAAAACAUAAGCGUAAGCUUGUACUUCUACGCUCCGAAGUCUGUCUGCAUAUUUCCAAACAAGUACAAGUUCUUUGAGAAAAAGCUACGUACUGGAUUGGCGAGAGAAUUCAGAAUCUCUGAAGAUCGAAUAACAUUUUUUAAGUGUCAGUUAGGCAGCAUCAUCAUACCAGUACAUAUCACUGACGGAGAGCCGAAUACAAGAGCAAAAAGGAAUUAUAAUUUGAAAUAUGAAGUGCUUGAAUUCAUUAGAAAAGAGGAAUUCUCCGUGACAAUGAAGUCUGGUACCUACCCAAUGUUUAACGUUAACAAAACCACUCCCAAACCUCCACCUCCUACAAUCCCACCUAUUGGUGAGGUGGACACAGAAUGGUAUCCUAUCGGUAUUGCGAUUGCUGUCGUGUUGUUGUGCUUUUUCUUAUGUGCCGUCACGACUUGGAUGGUUCACACACGCUUACUUAAAAACAAAGUGUUUAACAGCGUAAACAGUAAUGUACGUGAGGAACUGACUGAUGCGGAAGAGUUAGAACUUGCUGAUACUAAAGCCAGAGAAAAAAAGAUGGUCAGUAUUUUAGAAGAGGACGCUGGAGAUAUGGUCGACGGCGUGAAUGCAAGCGCAACGUCGUUAUCAAGAAACAAAAAGAAACGAAACAACAUCCAUCCAGUUACAGAUUCGAACGCGUUUGCCUUAGACGGAUCAAUCACGCGCGAAUCUGCAAGACUAGAUUCUCCACGCUUAGCCUUGGAUGACUCAAGCGAUGAGGAAACUCCACCUUCAAAUGAUGGCAGCACCGCUGGGUUGUUUUUGGCGUCAUCGAAUGCGUCGAUGCGACAAAACAAAUUUGAAGAUAGUAAUGAACCUGCUGCAGCCAGCGCUGACAUAAAGAAUGAGAAUGAACAUGAGAGCACAAGUGUAUAAAUAUACCACACGGAUUUUAUUUGAUUUUGUAUCAUCCAGAAAAAUCGAGGCAAGGCAAAAAUCUUCAACGCCCGACGAGGUUAAAAAAAAUAGAUAAUAUAUGUACGAUGAAAAGAGAUAAAAAAUACUUAUUGAAUAUGUUUUGAAAUUGUAAUCUUAGGAUUAAUAUUAGCAUUAUUAGCACCGACGAAUGGAAUUUUCAUAUUAAUUUUUCAGCAUUAAUUUUUUUCUUUAUGGUGGUGUUUAAAAAACUCUUAAAUCGGCGAGGGUUGAUAGCUCCUUGUCUUUUUAUAGACCUGUGUCGUUGAUGUUGAUUCAAAAUGUGAAAAACAAUAAGAAACAUGAAAAAAAAAGGAUUUGUAAUUUUGUUGAAAUUUGUAAAUAAAAACAGAAAUAUAGCAUUGCAUUGAGUUUGUACCA